CCAGACUUCUUUCACACUCUUCGGUUUGCUCGGAGCUGAGAGCAGCUGGUAGAUCGUGGUAAAGCACACUCCUACAAGGAAAUCGAACAAGUCAAUUGAGAACAGAAGAUGGUGCAUUCCAAUCUAAGGGACUGCAAGGCCUGGCAGGAUAUUGGUCUGCCCCUUUCCACAACCAGCAAUGAGGCUUGCAAAAUGUAUGAUGCUUUUCUGUCACAGUGGGUGUCUUGGACUAAUGACCCAAGUCUUGGAGGAAUUGAGGGUUGUAAAACUCGGUUGCAAGCUGCAGAUCCGGAUUUUGUAAUGGGGCAUGUCCUCAUAAAUGGAAUAGAACUGACUGGUACAGGGAACUCUAUUCGGCUGGAUAAAGACCUGGAUACUGCAGUCAAGAAGAUGGUUGGACUUGCAAACACACAAGGGAUCACUGAACGGGAACGUCUCCAUGUUGAAGCACUGGAUCUGUUUUCAAAAGGGGCUCUUCCAAAGGCAUGUAAGGUGUGGGAGGAGAUUUUAUUGUAUCAGCCAACCGAUAUAUUGGCAUUGAAGCUGGCUCAUGAUACCUACUUUUAUCUGGGUCUCGCACAACAGUUAAGAGAUUGUCUUGCACGGGCCCUUCCUCAUUGGACACCACAAAUGCCACUUUAUGGUUACUUGAAAGGGAUGUACUCAUUUGGGCUGGUAGAAACUAACUUCUAUGAUCUGGCAGAGAAAACUGCCAAAGAGGGCUUGGUUCUGAAUCCAUGUGAUGCUUGGUCUGCACAUUCCCUGGCACAUGUGUAUGAGAUGCGUGCAGAUGUGAACAAUGGAUUAAAGUUUAUGAAAGAGACAGAAAACAACUGGAAGGGUUCUGAUAUGCUUGCCUGUCAUAAUUACUGGCACUGGGCACUAUACCACAUUGAAAAGGGUGAUUAUGAUUCAGCACUCUCAAUUUACGAUGCUCGUGUUUCCAAAAGCUGUUUUGAAACUGCAUCAAUGCUGGAUAUCAUAGACACAAGUUCCAUGUUGUAUCGACUCCAAAUGGAAGGUGUUAAUGUUGACAAUCAAUGGAAGAAACUUGCUAGAGUCACCAAGGAUCAUGCCAAAGACCAGAUUCUUAUCUUCAAUGAUGCCCAUAUACUGAUGUCACUGCUUGGAGCUAAAGAGAUUGACACUGCAAAUGAAGUCAUCACAUCACUGCAAGAACUCUCCAAAACUCCUGGUGAAAACUAUCAAUACCAAAUUGGUAAAGAUUUGGGACUUCCUAUCUGUCAGGCAAUAGCAGAGUUUGCGAAUGGAAAUUACAGUCGCACUGUGGAUCUGUUAAAUCCAGUUCGUUACCAGAUUCAGAACAUUGGAGGCAGUAAUGCACAGAGAGAUGUCUUUAACCUGCUAUUGAUCCAUGCUGCUUUAAAAUCAGACAGCAGAGAUCACCAAAAACUAGCCAGAUGCCUCGUCCUGGAGCGAGAUGCUUUUCGACCAAACUCCCCAAUGACUGAAAGGCUGAUUCGCAAAGCCACAGCACUGCAUAAUGUGGACUGAAUCAAGAUUAAGACAUAUUCAAUACAAAUGGGAGAAUUACUUUAACUUGCUUUAAUAACCAUUAGUUAAUAAUUAUAGGGAUUAUAAUUAAGGGAGGGAGUGAUUGGAACAGGGGAGAAAAAAGGCAGGAAGAGGGUAUCAGGGAAAAAUGAUGGGAAGGAGAAUGGAUAGAAUAUGGAUGUUAAAAACAAAAUACUUCGAUGAGAACAGUGGUAAGACAACCCAAUUAUGGAUUUAAAAAAUAAUUUGCCAUUAGAUUACUAAUUACGCAUUUCAUCUCCUUGAGUAAUGUUGCAGAUUCAGCAUGAAAGCUUCGUACUUAUGCUCCCCUUUUGAGUGUAAAAUAUGAUAUUGACUCAAGCCUGUGAUUCACUCUAUCGGUUUUGUGCUUUCAAUGUAUUUCUGGGCCUGUAACUGCUCAGCAACAACAAGAUUCUGUUCCAAAAACUAAGAUUCCAGUCUAGCAUUUCUUUGUUUACAUCACUCCUCUAUCUGGACCCCUUCCAGUUCCUAUCAAGAAUUUAAUUGUAUUUUUCAUUAGUCCUCUGUGUCCAAUUUCAAAAUUAAAUUCUGCUUGGCUCCUUUAUUUUUUACUUUGGCUGUUCAGCUCAAAAAUAAGUUUCAGUUUGCUGCUAUUUGUUCUGGGGACUAUUGUAAGCAUAGGAUAAAAUCAUGCCUCUUGUGUCUUAUUUAUACAGUCAUACAGCACAGAAACAGAUUCUUCGAUCCAACUCAUUCAUUCCGACCAGAUAUCCUGAUCUGUCCUGGUCCCAUUAGCCAGCAUUUGGCCCAUAUCCCUCUAA